GUUGCGCAGGGCAGCGCAGGGCGUAUUUAUUUGCGCGGAAGAUGCUGAGAAUUUUACGUUCUCAUGCGACAUUUAAAUGUUAAUUCGUGUACAUAUAUUUAUUCAAUAAUGAUAAUUUUAUAAGAGAAAACACGCAAAUAAUGAUCUAAGGUCCAGAUAAAUAAUGUAUUCGCCUAGGCAGAAGAUAUUGUGGUUUGCGUUUAGUACAAGAGUUGUUGUGAUAUUUCUACAAGCAAUAUCGAAUUUUGUGAUACCAGACCACGAUGCGAACGUGUUUGUCAGUCCCGAGGACCCAACACUGCGUAAAACUAUAGCGGAUCACAUCGUUGACAAAUUACUGGGUGGUAUGAAGAGAUGGGAUGCUCAGUACUUCAUUCAUAUCGCACAAUACGGGUAUACUUAUGAGAACUGUCUUGCUUUCAGCCCGCUCUUCCCACUAAUUGUAAGAUACAUGGCUUAUGUGAUAAACAGUGUGCUAGGAUCCUUCAUAAACUUCCAUAGCACUCUCUUAAUAUCUGCAACGCUAGUUAACCUUGUAAUAUUCAUUAAAUCUGCUGAUAUUCUGCACAGGUUGAGUUUGCGAGUACUCAGGAGUGAGUGCAGAGCGUAUAAAGCUGUAAUAUUGUUUUGUGUGAAUCCAGCAAGUAUAUUUUUCUCAGCACCAUACUCAGAAACACUUUUUAGUUGGAUGACUUUUUAUACAAUGCUAAAAUGCACUGACAAUGAAACAUUCCGGUUUGCAAAUAUAGAUAUAGUAAGCAGUCUACCAGCUGGAUUCUCUAUGAUUACCCGAUCCAAUGGCACUGUUAACUUAGGUUUCAUAUUCUAUGCAACUUUGAAAAAUGUUAUUGAGCGAACUGUACCUGAGAUAGUGUACAAAUAUAAAACUGUGAAGCAUAAGAUUAUUCUUCCAUUCUUGUUGAUGCCACUAUUUGUUUCAUUUGUGGCAAUGUUACUGACUGUGAUAAUAGCUCUGAUACCAUUUGCAUUGGUACAAACCUACAAUUAUUUAAAGUAUUGUACACACAACGAACAUAAUUUGCCAGAGUUUUUAUCGAAUACAGAGUAUGUUCUGCCUGGCAGAGCAGAUAGUCCAUGGUGCAAUGAUUCUCUUCCCAUGUCCUAUUCCUAUAUCCAAAGUCAUUAUUGGGAAGUAGGACUCUUCAAGUAUUACAAAUUGAAACAGAUUCCUAACUUCAUGCUGGCAUCACCAAUUAUAUUUCUUAUCUUAUAUCAUUGUUUGUCUUACAUUAAAAACAAUCUACGAUUGUGUUUUCGACUUGGGUUUAGAAGUAACACAUUCAAUUAUGGUUAUACAAACCGUAUGCCUUAUAGGCCAAAACAAUAUUGUAAGGGUUUUGGGGCCAAUGAUCCUGCAUUUUUUGUAUAUGUAGUACACAUAAUGUUUUUGACAGUAGUCUGUAUAGCAUUCGUACAUAUUCAAGUGUCAACUAGACUUCUGGCAUCUGCUAGUCCAGUUUUAUAUUGGAUUUGUUCAAGUAGAAUGAAUGUAGGUCCUACACCUACGUCUGACCAAAAUACUAUAAAUGAACACUUUCGUAGAAUUGGUAUCGGCAAGAGAAUACCAUCUCAUCACUUGUCUAUAGCUAAUUUAGAAGGUGUAGACAAUAUGUACAGCAAAUGGAAAACAUUUAUUAUAUCUAGAAGGAUGCCAGACUUCCAGUCCCGCUUGAUACAGUAUUAUUUCUUAGGUUACUUUAUUAUAGGCACCAUUUUCUAUUCUAAUUUCUUUCCAUGGACAUAAAUUAUAAUACUAUCUACAAGAACAAAAUAAAAAAUAAAUAAAAAGAACAUAUCAUGUGACGUAUCAUCCACUUCUAUCAUGUUUUCUUAGUAAAAAAAAUCACUUGCUAUCAGUAGCUUAAAUAAAAAAUAUACUAAUAGAAUGGAUAGAGACAAAUGAUAGAUAAAUUAUAGAUAUAGAAGUUUAUACUUUACUAUUGUUAAUAUUUGAAAAAUAUUUCAGAGUUAUAAUAAUGGUUUAAAUUUUCAGGCUUGAAAUUUACCUAAUAAAUCAUGGGGCCUUUCAAGAUUAGUCCAUUUUAUAUAACAUUAGAUGAAAAUCAUAUCGCUUUUAAAUUAUAGGUAUAAAUAAGAUUUUUCUUCAUAUUGAGGUUAUUCUCUAAUUAAAUAUAGCUUUAAGACAAAAGAUGCAUUUGUUAAUUCAAAUUUAUUAAUUUUUUAGUCAUUUCUCUAGUCCUUUGAUUUUAUAAUGCAAAGUUUUUAAAAUAAGGAAUUGCAUCUUAAACAAGUACUACUUAAUUCUAUUUCAAUAAGUAUUGACUCAAAGCAUGCUUGUCCAUUUAUUUAGCUUACCGUCCAUUUUUUAAAUCAACAUAAUGUAGCUGUCCGUUCAUAAUAUAAUUUAUAAAUAUUUGUUGUUUAUAGGCUGGUUUAAUUAGGGCUUGUGCAGUCCUUCAUUGUUGCAACCAGUCCAGUAAUUAACUAUUGUGAUCUUCACUAAUUGCAAUUAGAACCAAGACCAAGAGAAUAAAACAAAUGUAUUCACUUUGAUUGUCUUUACCUGUAGGGCUAGCACGAUAGGGCGCGACUAGCGCGAGAGCG